AUCACAAUCCUUGCAGGGCAGGAGGCGGAGUCACGCCAACAGCCCGGGCUCAGGCAGGCGCGGAUUCCCAGUUCCUACUAGAUACCUGCGCUGCUGCGCUGUGAAGUGAGGUUGCACAGCACAUCCCAACCAGAUUGUUUUGUGGAGCGGUGAGCUGUGUGGUUCCUUUUACUUGGGAUCAUGCAAAGAGCAUCCCGACUGAAAAAAGAGCUGCACAUGUUAUCUACAGAGCCACCCCCAGGCAUCACAUGCUGGCAAGAAAAGGACCAGACGGACAACCUGCGAGCUCAAAUAUUAGGUGGAGCCAAUACACCUUAUGAGAAAGGUGUUUUCAAGCUGGAAAUCCUCGUUCCUGAGAGGUACCCAUUUGAACCUCCGCAGAUCCGAUUUUUGACUCCAAUCUAUCAUCCAAACAUUGAUUCUGCUGGAAGGAUUUGUCUAGAUGUUCUCAAACUGCCACCAAAAGGUGCCUGGAGACCAUCACUCAACAUUGCAACUGUGUUGACCUCUAUUCAGCUGCUCAUGUCAGAACCCAACCCUGACGACCCACUGAUGGCUGACAUCUCCUCAGAAUUUAAAUAUAAUAAGCCAGUCUUCCUCAAGAAUGCCAGGGAGUGGACAGAGAAGCAUGCAAGACCAAAACAAAAGGCCACUGAGGAAGAGAUGCUUGAUAAUUCAGCAGAGGGCAAUGAGUCUGAAGCCCACAACUCAACACAAAAAAGGAAGGCCAGGCAGCUAGUAGGCACAGAAAAGAAAUUUUGCCCUGAUGUUCAGGGAGUUUGUCCUGGUCCAUCUUAGUUAAUGUAUUCUUUGACGAGAUGGUCUAAUUUGCUUACCUUUCCUAAAUGUUUUUCUUGGUAUUUGAUGACAUUGUAAUUUUUGUAUCCUAUAAAAGACCCUGUAUAUUU